ACAAAUGGCGCUUCUUUUUCUUGUAAAGCAGUUCCAAUUUUUGGGAGGUCUUCAACUUUACCUAUUCAUCACUCCCAUUAUCACACACAAACACACUCUGUGUUAGGGCUUUUUUUUGACAAUUUAACCCCCAAAAUUAACAAUGAAAUGAAGCGUGUCUUCGAAGAAAUCUCCGACGACGAGUGGGAAAACCACUCCUUUAAGCCCUCUCGAAUUCUCAACAACAAGUCCUCCCAAAACCCUAGCCUUCCUCAACCUCCUCCUAUCGAGUCCUUUGCUUUCCGGUCGUCGUCGUCGUCGGCGAGGAUUGAAAUCUCCGAUCAAAGUAGCGACGAUUGCGUCGAGAUUAAGGAGGAUUUGGAGGACGACGAUGCCAACGUCGAGCUGGUUAGGCCUCCGGCAAAUCGUGGCCGUCGGUUCGUGAUCGAUGAUGAUGAGAGUGAGGGAGAGUUCGAUGAAGUGGUGGCGUUGAAGUCCACGACUGAGGAUGAGGAAGAAGAAGAAGAAGAAGAAGAAGAAGAAGAUGAAGAAGAAGAGGUGGAUGAGGAAGAUGUUGUAGGGAAGGCUUUACAGAAGUGCGCGAAGAUUUCGGCCGAGCUGAAAAAGGAGCUAUAUGGUUCUGGAGUGUCGGCUUGUGAUCGUUAUGCGGAAGUAGAAAAUUCUUCUGUGAGGAUUGUCACUCAGGAUGAUAUUAAUGCGGCAUGUAGAUCAGAGGAUUCAGAUUUUCAGCCUAUUCUCAAGCCAUACCAGUUGGUUGGUGUGAACUUUCUUCUUCUAUUGUAUCGGAAGGGUAUUGGAGGAGCCAUAUUGGCCGAUGAGAUGGGCCUUGGGAAGACUAUUCAGGCUAUAACUUAUCUGACCUUAUUGAAGCAUUUAAACAAUAAUCCUGGUCCGCAUUUGAUUGUAUGUCCUGCUUCUGUUUUGGAAAACUGGGAAAGAGAACUUAAAAAGUGGUGUCCAUCAUUUUCUGUUCUCCAAUAUCAUGGGGCUGCACGAUCAGCUUAUUCAAAAGAGUUGAGCUCAUUGGCCAAAGCUGGGUUGCCACCUCCAUUUAAUGUUCUUCUUGUUUGCUAUUCACUUUUUGAAAGACACAGUGCACAGCAGAAAGAUGACCGCAAAAUUCUUAAACGUUGGCGAUGGAGCUGUGUGCUUAUGGAUGAAGCCCAUGCCUUGAAGGAUAAAAACAGUUAUAGAUGGAAAAACCUAAUGUCAGUUGCACAAAAUGCGAACCAGCGUCUAAUGCUGACAGGGACACCAUUGCAAAAUGAUUUACAUGAGCUAUGGUCGCUGUUGGAGUUUAUGAUGCCUGAUCUUUUUUGUACUGAGGAUGUUGACUUAAAAAAGUUACUAAAUGCUGAAGAUAGAGAGUUGAUUGGCCGUAUGAAAUCCAUUUUGGGACCAUUUAUUUUGAGACGUUUAAAAUCUGAUGUAAUGCAGCAACUUGUUCCAAAAAUACAGCAGGUUGAGUAUGUUGUAAUGGAAAAGCAACAAGAUGACACCUAUAGAGAAUCUAUUGAGGAGUAUCGUGCAGCUUCACGAGCUCGUAUGGCAAAAAGUUCAGAUGUUAACUCUAAUAAUAUAUUUAAAGUUCUUCCUCGGCGGCAGAUUUCCAAUUACUUUGUUCAGUUUCGUAAGAUUGCAAAUCAUCCUUUAUUGGUGAGGCGUAUUUACAGUGAUGAGGAUGUUGUUCGGUUUGCUAAAAAGUUAUAUCCAAUGGGUGUCUUUGGCUUUGAAUGUACAUUAGAUAAAGUGAUUGAGGAGCUUAAGAGUUAUAAUGACUUUUCUAUCCACCGGGUUUUGCUUUACUAUAAUGUCAGUGAUGCGAAGGGAUCCCUCUCAGACAAAUAUGUUAUGCUUUCAGCAAAAUGUCAGGCAUUAGCUGAACUUCUCCCUUCACUUAAACAAGAUGGACAUAGGGUUCUGAUUUUCAGUCAAUGGACAUCAAUGCUUGAUAUCUUGGAGUGGACUUUGGAUGUGAUUGGGGUUACAUAUAGACGUCUUGAUGGAAGUACUCCGGUGUCAGAGAGACAGACCAUAGUUGACACAUUCAACAAUGACACUUCUAUAUUUGCCUGCUUGUUGUCAACAAGAGCUGGGGGGCAGGGUUUGAACCUGGUUGGAGCUGAUACUGUUGUAAUCCACGAUAUGGAUUUCAACCCACAAAUUGAUCGACAGGCAGAGGAUCGCUGUCAUCGCAUUGGUCAAUCGAAGCCUGUUACCAUAUAUAGGCUAGUCACUAAGGGCACAGUCGAUGAAAAUGUUUAUGAGAUAGCGAAACGAAAGUUAGUUCUAGAUGCUGCAGUCCUCGAGACUGGCAUGGAGGUGGAUGAUGAAGGCGACUCAACUGAGAAGACUAUGGGAGAAAUAUUAUCAUCACUUUUACUUGGUUAGGACAUUAACAUAACAUGUAUUCCUAUAGAUUUUUUUUGAUUUUGCAUAUAACUUGUUAAUGAGUUUUAGUUCUAGGUAUUUCGAAGCAAAAGAUAUACUGCACCAUUUAUGGGGUAUAUGUUAUACGGGUAUGAAGUGGCCCAGAAGCAUUCUUGUAGCUGUAAAAUUAUUAUCAAUAAAGGAUAAUGAUGAUAUAGUUGCUAAUUUAAUGUUUUUGAAAAUUA